GCCCUGCCCGGAUGUAGACCAGCACCAGUCAGGAGGAGGACUGCAGCCUGGUCUUUUGCAUUUUGAGGGGCCGCCCCUAGGGCAAAGCAACCCAUUUGCAUUCACUCAAUCGCUGUGAGGCUUUUUAGCCUCUAUCCACAAUCUCUGGAUUUAUUUAUAUUACUUUGUUUUUUUUAAUUAUAUUUUUAAACACAGAUUUUUUUUGUGUGUCUGUGCCCAGACUACCACACGGAGGACUUGUUGGGUGACUACAAGAUAUCACUAUCCUGAGGACAAAGGGGAAUAAAAAGAAUAAGGAUCUGGUUUAUUUUUUAGGGGGUUUGAAAGGAUUUUAAACCUUUCUCCCUCCGUCCCCAUUGACACAACAUGAGCAGCUCCAGCACUAACAGCUCAAGCAGUGCCAACACCAACACAUGCACCACGGCUACAAGCAGCAGCAAUGCAACAGCCGCUGGGAGCAGCGGAGGCAACACCGGGGAGGGGGCGGAGGAGACAGCCAAGGACUCCGCAGACAUAGUUGCCUUCUACAGAUCCGGAUUUCGGAAGAAUGAUGAAUUAAAAGCUAUGGAAGUAUUACCAAUUUUAAAAGAAAAAGUUGCAUACCUGUCAGGUGGUCGAGAUAAACGGGGUGGUCCAGUUCUAACGUUUCCUGCACGCAGCAAUCAUGAUAGAAUACGACAAGAGGAUCUCAGGCGACUCAUCUCAUACCUGGCUUGUAUUCCUAGUGAAGAGGUCUGCAAGCGAGGAUUCACUGUGAUUGUAGAUAUGCGCGGAUCUAAGUGGGACUCUAUUAAACCAUUGUUGAAGAUUUUACAAGAAUCAUUUCCUUGUUGUAUACAUGUUGCACUAAUCAUUAAGCCGGACAACUUUUGGCAGAAACAGAGGACAAAUUUUGGCAGCUCUAAAUUUGAAUUUGAGACUAGCAUGGUAUCUAUAGAAGGCCUUACCAAAGUAGUUGAUCCUUCCCAGCUAACUCCUGAAUUUGAAGGUUGCUUAGAAUAUAACCAUGAAGAAUGGAUAGAAAUCAGAGUGGCAUUUGAGGACUUCAUUAAUAAUGCUACUCACAUGUUAUCUAGACUUGAAGAGCUACAGGAAAUGCUUGCAAAUAAGGAAUUGCCUCAGGACUUGGAGGGAGCUCGUAACAUGAUUGAAGAACAUUCCCAAAUGAAAAAGCGAGUUCUAAAAGCUCCUAUUGAAGACAUUGAUGUUGAAGGGCAGAAACUCCUGCAAAGAAUACAGAGUAGUGAAAGUUUUCCUAAAAAGAACUCAAGUUCUGGGAAUGCAGACCUUCAGAAUCUUCUCCCAAAGGUUUCUACCAUGUUAGACAGACUUCACUCUACGCGGCAGCAUCUUCACCAAAUGUGGCACUUGAGAAAAGUGAAACUGGACCAGUGCUUUCAACUCCGACUGUUUGAACAGGAUGCUGAAAAGAUGUUUGACUGGAUUACACAUAACAAAGGCCUGUUUUUGACGAGUUAUACAGACAUUGGGACCAGUCACAACCAUGCUAUGGAGCUGCAGACACAGCACAAUCACUUUGCCAUGAAUUGUAUGAAUGUGUAUGUAAACAUUAACCGUAUUAUGUCCGUUGCCAAUCGUCUGGUCGAGUCUGGACACUACGCCUCACAGCAGAUCAAGCAGAUUUCUAAUCAGUUGGAGCAAGAGUGGAAAGCGUUUGCAGCUGCUUUGGAUGAACGCAGCACAUUGCUGGAGAUGUCUGCAGUGUUUCACCAAAAAGCAGAACAGUACAUGAGCAAUGUUGAUUCGUGGUGUAAAGCUUGUGGUGAAGUAGAGCUUCCUUCAGAACUGCAGGAUCUAGAAGAUGCAAUUCACCACCAUCAAGGAAUUUAUGAACACAUCACCUUGGCUUACUCAGAGGUGAGUCAGGAUGGAAAAGCACUGCUAGACAAACUUCAAAGACCCUUAACUCCUGGUAGUUCAGACUCAUUGACAGCUUCUGCCAACUACUCAAAGGCAGUCCACCAUGUUUUAGAUGCUAUUCAUGAAGUGCUGCACCAUCAACGCCAACUGGAAAAUAUUUGGCAGCAUCGAAAAGUCCGCUUGCAUCAACGGCUACAGCUAUGCGUUUUUCAACAGGAUGUUCAGCAGGUGUUAGACUGGAUUGAGAAUCACGGUGAAGCAUUUCUGAGUAAACACACUGGGGUAGGCAAGUCCUUGCACAGAGCUCGAGCUUUGCAGAAGCGUCAUGAAGACUUUGAAGAAGUUGCUCAGAACACCUAUACCAAUGCCGACAAGUUAUUGGAAGCUGCAGAACAGCUGGCUCAGACUGGUGAAUGUGAUCCGGAGGAAAUUUACCAAGCGGCGCAUCAGCUUGAGGAUCGCAUUCAAGAUUUUGUUAGGCGUGUAGAACAAAGAAAGGUUUUGCUUGACAUGUCAGUGUCUUUUCAUUCUCAUGUCAAAGAGUUGUGGACAUGGCUGGAGGAUCUACAGAAGGAACUCCUGGAUGAUGUUUAUGCAGAAUCAGUGGAAGCUGUUCAGGACUUGAUCAAACGCUUUGGGCAGCAACAACAAACUACACUCCAAUUUACAGUCAAUGUUCUCAAAGAGGGGGAGGAUCUGAUCCAGCAGCUAAGAGAUUCUGCUAUAUCCAGCAACAAAACUCCUCACAACAGCUCAAUCAACCACAUCGAGAGUGUCCUACAACAGCUAGAUGAAGCCCAGUCUCAGAUGGAGGAGCUGUUCCAAGAACGGAAGAUCAAACUUGAACUCUUUUUGCAGCUGCGCAUCUUUGAGAGAGACGCCAUUGAUAUCAUUUCAGACCUGGAAUCUUGGAAUGAUGAGCUCUCGCAACAGAUGAACGACUUUGACACGGAGGACCUCACACUUGCAGAGCAGAGACUUCAGCAUCACGCUGACAAAGCUCUAACAAUGAACAACUUGACAUUUGAUGUCAUCCACCAAGGGCAAGAGCUUCUGCAGUAUGUCAAUGAAGUCCAGACCUCUGGGGUUGAGCUGCUGUGUGACAGAGAUGUAGAUAUGGCAACACGGGUGCAGGAUCUGUUGGAGUUUCUUCACGAGAAGCAGCAAGAACUCGAUCUGGCUGCUGAGCAGCACCGGAAGCAUUUGGAGCAGUGUGUGCAACUGCGCCACCUGCAGGCCGAAGUGAAGCAGGUGCUGGGCUGGAUUCGCAAUGGGGAAUCGAUGUUAAAUGCCGGACUUAUAACUGCGAGCUCACUACAAGAGGCCGAGCAGCUUCAGCGUGAGCACGAGCAGUUCCAACACGCCAUAGAGAAAACCCAUCAGAGCGCCCUUCAGGUACAACAGAAAGCCGAGGCCAUGUUACAAGCCAAUCAUUACGACAUGGACAUGAUCAGGGAUUGUGCAGAAAAAGUGGCUUCUCACUGGCAACAAUUAAUGCUAAAAAUGGAAGAUCGUUUGAAGCUUGUCAACGCCUCUGUGGCAUUUUACAAAACCUCAGAACAGGUGUGUAGUGUUCUGGAAAGCUUGGAGCAGGAAUACAAGCGAGAAGAAGAUUGGUGUGGUGGAGCCGAUAAACUUGGACCCAACUCUGAAACAGACCAUGUUACACCUAUGAUCAGCAAACACCUUGAACAAAAGGAAGCUUUCUUGAAGGCCUGUACAUUGGCCCGAAGAAAUGCUGAUGUUUUCUUGAAGUAUUUGCAUAGGAAUAGUGUGAAUAUGCCAGGAAUGGUCACCCACGUAAAAGCUCCCGAACAACAAGUGAAAAAUAUUUUAAAUGAACUAUUUCAAAGGGAAAACAGGGUUCUUCAUUAUUGGACGUUGAGGAAAAGACGUUUAGACCACUGCCAGCAAUAUGUGGUCUUUGAAAGAAGUGCGAAACAGGCCCUGGAGUGGAUCCAUGACAAUGGAGAGUUUUACCUGUCCACACAUACCUCCACUGGCUCCUCUAUCCAACACACUCAAGAGCUGUUAAAAGAACAUGAAGAAUUUCAGAUAACAGCAAAGCAAACCAAAGAAAGGGUAAAACUGUUGAUACAGCUGGCUGAUGGCUUUUGUGAAAAAGGGCACGCUCAUGCAGCAGAAAUUAAAAAAUGUGUUACUGCAGUCGACAAAAGGUACCGGGAUUUCUCUCUCCGUAUGGAGAAGUAUAGGACGUGCUUGGAGAAAGCCCUAGGAAUUUCUUCUGAUUCCAACAAGUCGAGUAAAAGUCUACAAUUGGAUAUUAUUCCAGCAAGUGCCCCUGGGUCUGAAGUGAAGCUACGAGAUGCUGCACAUGAGCUUAAUGAAGAAAAACGGAAAUCCGCUCGUAGAAAAGAAUUCAUCAUGGCUGAACUUAUCCAGACUGAAAAAGCAUAUGUUAGAGAUCUCCGUGAAUGCAUGGAUACAUAUCUGUGGGAAAUGACAAGCGGAGUUGAAGAGAUCCCGUCUGGCAUUGUAAACAAAGAGCACAUUAUCUUUGGAAACAUGCAGGAAAUAUAUGAAUUUCACAACAAUAUAUUUUUAAAGGAACUUGAAAAAUAUGAACAAUUACCAGAGGACGUUGGGCAUUGCUUUGUGACAUGGGCUGAUAAGUUUCAAAUGUAUGUGUCGUAUUGCAAAAACAAGCCCGACUCUACGCAACUCAUCCUGGACCAAGCAGGAGCUUAUUUUGAAGAAAUUCAGCAUCGUCAUGAGCUAGCCAAUUCAAUCUCUUCUUACCUUAUCAAACCUGUACAAAGAAUAACAAAAUAUCAGCUUCUUCUAAAGGAGCUGCUGACAUGCUGUGAAGAAGGCAAAGGAGAGAUUAAAGAUGGUUUGGAGGUGAUGCUAAGUGUGCCAAAACGAGCCAAUGACGCCAUGCAUCUCAGCAUGCUAGAAGGUUUUGAUGAGAACAUUGAAACUCAGGGAGAGCUCAUCCUCCAAGAGUCUUUUCAAGUGUGGGAUCCAAAAACUUUGAUCCGUAAGGGGCGUGAGAGGCAUCUUUUCCUAUUUGAGAUGUCUCUGGUCUUCAGCAAGGAAGUGAAAGACUCCAGUGGAAGGAGCAAAUAUCUUUAUAAAAGUAAAUUAUUUACCUCAGAGCUUGGAGUCACAGAACACGUAGAAGGAGAUGCCUGUAAAUUUGCACUUUGGGUAGGGAGGACGCCAACGUCAGACAACAAAAUAGUCCUUAAGGGCUCCAGUAUUGAGAACAAGCAAGACUGGAUCAAGCAUAUACGAGAGGUGAUCCAGGACAGAACUAUUCAUCUGAGAGGAGCUUUGAAAGAACCAAUUCACAUACCUAAAACAGCGGCGACCACAAAACAGAAAGCCGGCAGAAGGUUAGGGACCGCAGAUCUGCUACGAGAUGGAGAUGAUCUUGAUAGUCAGGGAGAUGGCAGCAGUCAACCUGAUACCAUUUCUAUUGCGUCCAGAACAUCACAGAAUACGCUAGACAGCGAUAAGCUCUCUGGUGGAUGUGAACUGACUGUAGUCAUCCAUGAUUUUACGGCAUGUAACAGCAAUGAACUGACCAUCCGUCGAGGACAGACAGUGGAAGUUCUGGAGCGUCAGCAUGACCGACCUGACUGGUGUUUAGUCCGUACCACUGAACGGUCACCCGCAGCAGAAGGCUUGGUUCCUUGUAACGCACUGUGUAUUGCUCACUCAAGAAGUAGCAUGGAGAUGGAAGGAAUAUUCAACCACAAAGACUCUCUCUCAGUAUCAAGUAAUGACGCAAGUCCUCCAGCAUCCAUGACUUCUCUUCAGCCGCACAUGAUUGGUGCACAGAGUUCUCCUGGCCCUAAGCGACCAGGCAAUACACUUAGAAAAUGGCUCACCAGCCCUGUAAGGAGACUGAGCAGUGGAAAAGCAGAUGGGCACGUGAAAAAAUUGGCCCACAAGCACAAGAAAAGCAGAGAAGUGCGCAAGAAUGCAGACACCGGUUCACAAAAGGACUCUGAUGACAGUGCUGCAACACCCCAAGAUGAAACUAUUGAAGAACGGGUACGGAAUGAAGGUCUCAGCAGCGGCACGCUUUCUAAAUCCUCCUCAUCUGGCAUGCAGAGCUGUGGAGAGGAAGAGGGUGAAGAAGGCCCUGACGCAGUUCCAUUACCACCUCCUAUGGCCAUACAACAGCACAGCCUCCUUCAGCCGGACUCCCAGGACGACAAGACAUCAUCUCGAUUACUGGUACGUCCAACCAGCUCAGAGACGCCAAGUGCAGCCGAGCUUGUCAGCGCAAUUGAAGAACUUGUGAAGAGUAAAAUGGCACUGGAAGAUCGCCCAAGUUCUCUCCAAGUAGACCAAGGUGACAGUAGUAGCCCGUCAUUCAAUCCUUCAGACACGUCUCUGCUCUCCUCUUCAUCUCCUAUUGAUGAGAUGGAGGAAAAAAAGUCCAGUUCUUUGAAACGCCGACACUACGUAUUACAAGAACUAGUGGAAACUGAGCGAGAUUACGUUCGUGAUUUGGGCUAUGUUGUCGAGGGAUACAUGGCUCUUAUGAAAGAGGACGGCGUUCCUGAUGACAUGAAAGGAAAGGAUAAGAUUGUUUUUGGAAAUAUUCAUCAAAUUUAUGACUGGCACAGAGAAUUUUUUUUGGGAGAACUGGAGAGGUGCCUGGACGAACCAGAAAGACUAGCAACAUUGUUUGUAAAACAUGAGAGAAGGUUGCACAUGUACAUAGUUUACUGCCAAAAUAAACCAAAGUCUGAACACAUUGUUUCUGAAUACAUAGAUACUUAUUUUGAGGACUUGAAGCAGCGUCUGGGUCAUAGACUUCAACUCACAGAUUUAUUAAUUAAACCAGUGCAACGAAUUAUGAAAUAUCAGCUGCUUUUAAAGGAUUUCCUUAAAUACUCCAAGAAGGCGUGUGUGGAUAUAGCAGAAUUAGAGAGAGCUGUUGAAGUCAUGUGCAUUGUACCAAAACGCUGUAACGACAUGAUGAACGUUGGACGCCUACAAGGAUUUGAUGGCAAAAUUGUAGCCCAAGGAAAACUCUUAUUGCAAGACACGUUCCUGGUUACUGAUCAGGAAACUGGACUCUUGCCACGCUGCAAAGAAAGGCGGGUCUUUCUCUUUGAACAAUUAGUCAUCUUCAGCGAGCCCCUGGAUAAAAAGAAAGGCUAUUCUAUGCCAGGGUUUCUCUUUAAAAAUAGUAUCAAGGUUAGUUGCCUUAGUCUAGAGGAAUGUGUUGAUAAUGAUCCUUGCAAGUUUGCACUGUUGUCAAGGUCUGUCGACUCUACAGAGAUGUAUAUUUUGCAUUCAUCAUUUCCAGGAGUAAGACAGUUGUGGAUUCAUGAAAUCAACCAAAUUUUGGAAAACCAGCGCAACUUCUUAAAUGCCUUGACAUCACCAAUUGAAUACCACAGGAACCACACUGGUGGAAGCAGUGGCAGCAGUAAUGUGGCCCCCACCAGUGGUCCUAGCAACUGUAGUGGGUUGAGUGGCUCCAGUCGAAGCAGGCCCUCCCGGAUCCCCCAGCCUGUCAGACACCAUUCCCCUGUCCUGGUCUCCUCUGCAUCUUCAGCAGAGGCAGACAAGCUGUCAGGUAUGUCUGUUCGCCAUCACUCUGUUGCACCUCUCAGCCUCUCCUUAGACACUGCUCCCAAACGCACAGAGCACAUUCCUCCUGCUUCAGAAAACAGCUCCCAGGACAAAGCUCCAGAUCCCGUUCCAAAGAUGAGGAUGAUUGAGGGUUCCAAGAAGCCUUCUAGUGGUGUCCCAUGCAUGGCAGAUGGUGGGCAGAAAGAGCUGAAGGGGAGCACAGAGGACAAUCGUAGCAAAAGUUCUCUGGGGACUCUCACAUUAGGAAAGCCAAGAAAUGGUGCAGCUUCACCUCUGAACUCUCCAGUUUCAUCUAACUUUCCACCAUCAUUUGGCAAGGAACCCUUUCCACCAAGCAGCCCCCUACAGAAAGCUUCUUUCUGGAACUCAAUCCCAGCCUCCCCAGUAAGCCGUCCUGGCUCCUUUACUUUUCCUGGAGACACUGACUCCCUUCAGCGGCAACUUCACCGCCAUUCUUCUCACAGCAAGGAAACAGACCGCAUGAGCACUUGCUCCUCGACCAGCGAGCAGUCAGUUCAGUCAACCCAGAGUAAUGGGAGUGAAAGUAGCAGCAGUAGCAAUAUCUCCACCAUGCUAGUGACGCACGAUUACACAGCCGUGAAGGAGGAUGAGAUCAAUGUCUACCAGGGGGAAGUUGUACAAAUUUUGGCAAGCAACCAACAGAACAUGUUUCUGGUGUUCCGAGCUGCCACUGAUGAGUGCCCUGCGGCCGAGGGCUGGAUUCCAAGCUAUAUCCUGGGCCACACGAGCGCAGUCAUCAGUGACCUUCCUGAUGGAACAAUGAACAGGAAGUCAUCAUCUUGGCAUACAGCACUUAGAAUAAGGAAAAAAUCAGAGAAGAGAGAAAAAGAUGGCAAAAGAGAGACCAAGCAAGAAAAUGGUUAUCGAAAAUCAAGAGAAGGAACACCCAAUAAGGUAUCCGUGAAGCUCCUGAAUCCAAACUAUAUUUAUGAUGCUCCUCCAGAGAUUCUUGUACCAUUGAGUGAAGUAACAUGUGAGACAGGAGAGACAGUCAUCUUAAGAUGUAAAGUCUGUGGUCGUCCUAGGGCAUCUAUCACCUGGAAGGGUCCCGAUAAUAACAUCCUGAGUAGUGAUGGACGCUAUAACAUUGCUUAUAGUGAUCUUGGUGAGGCAACACUAAAGAUAAUAGGUGUAACCACAGACGACGAUGGCGUAUACACCUGUGUAGCUGCAAACGAUAUGGGUUCAGUGUCUUCUUCAUCCAGUUUAAGAGUUCUAGGUCCUGGUAAUGAUGGAAUGAGGGUAAUCUGGAAGGACAACUUUGAUGUUGCAUACAGUGAAGUGGCUGAACUUGGCAGGGGCAGAUUUUCUGUUGUUAAGAAGUGCGAGCAAAAAGUAACAAGACGAGCAGUUGCCACCAAAUUUGUGAACAAAAAGCUGAUGAAGAGAGACCAGGUUACCCAUGAACUCGGAAUCAUGCAAAGCUUACAGCACCCACAGCUGAUCAGUCUUCUCGAUACCUUUGAGACGCCUACCAGCUAUGUCUUAGUACUCGAGAUUGCUGACCAGGGACGCCUCUUAGACUAUGUAGCGCGCUGGGGAAAUCUCACAGAGGAGAAAAUUACGAUAUACCUCCGAGAGGUGCUGGAAGCCCUGCAGUAUCUCCAUAACUGUAGAAUAGCACACUUAGACCUAAAGCCCGAAAAUAUUCUUGUGGAUCAGAGCCUGACCAAACCGACAAUCAAACUAUCUGAUUUUGGUGAUGCGGUUCAGCUUAAUACCACCUACUAUAUCCACCAGUUGCUGGGCAAUGCAGAGUUUGCAGCUCCGGAAGUCAUCCUUGGAAACCCUGUCUCCCUCACCUCUGAUACAUGGAGCGUAGGAGUUCUCACAUAUGUCCUUCUCAGUGGUGUGUCUCCUUUCUUAGAUGAAAGCAUGGAGGAGACGUGCCUAAACAUUUGUCGCUUGGACUUUAGCUUCCCAGAUGAAUACUUCAAGGGAGUUAGCCAGAAGGCCAAAGAGUUUGUAUGCUUCUUAUUACAAGGUGACCAGAUGAAGCGUCCUUCUGCAGCCAUAUCACUUCAGGAGCUAUGGCUACAGCCAAACUGCCACAGGAUAAGUGGCACCCUAGACAUGUCAAGAUUGACUUCAUUCAUUGAGCGCCGUAAACACCAGAAUGAUGUUCGACCCAUUGGUAGCAUUAGAAACUUCUUGCAAAGCAGGCUUUUGCCAAGAAUAUGAAAUAUUGCUAGAAUUUGCUCUCAUUCUCUUUCACUUCCUAUAAAGGAGGUAAAAUUCUCCUGCCAAUCAUUUGAUGAUUUUUUUUUUUCAAUUGAAAGAAAAAGAAAAUUUAAAAAAAAACUGACGGCCUAUGUAAAUCGUGCGAUUAUUGCAAUGUAAAAUCCACUCACAGCUAUUUUGGGAUUCUUAAAUUUCAACUAUGUUGGGAUUGGUGGGGUGGAGAAGAUUUUGUACUCUGCUUAAAAAGGACAGAAGACAGCUUUGCUGUAAUACAGUAUUUUAUUCAGGUUUCUGCAAAAAAUAAAUAAAUUUAAAAAAAAAAAAAUAAUAAAAACAAACGAGAACAAAAACACUAUUUUUUAAAACGAAAAAGAAAUGAAUUUUGCAAGCAGAAUAUUAACUUUUUUUUCAAGGUUUAUCAAAGGAAAGAAUUUUUGCCCACAUUCAAACAACUAAUCAUGUUGAGCUAUGUAAUUAUUUUAAAGACUGGACACCCCAGGAUCAAAUCACGUAGACUGAACACUCCGGUCAAAGCAAUCUUUGUUUGCUACAUUUGAUUUUCUCUUGGUCAUUCUGCUUUUUACGCUGCUUUGCCUGUGUUUCUCACAUAGAUUUGCACUGGUUCUCCUUUUAGUAAAUCCAACCUCAAACUUUUACAUACAAUAAAAAUGAAUUUCCUCUGAUAACAUAUAAGCCUUAUAUGUAAAUAGACAAUUUAUCUGACUUCACUCAAAUCCUUUUAUUAUCCUGUUUUUAUUUUUAUUUUUCACAUGUGAGGAAACAAGUUAGGGGAAAAUGGCUGACAAAAGGCAACCAUUUUGUUUAGUCAUUUCAUGGUUGUAAUGCCCUUUCACUUCCUCAUGAUUUGAGGGUAGGGAAUUCUAUAGGAGUAUAAAAAUACUGUAAAUGCACUCAUUGAAUCCUAGGUUUUUAUUUCAUAUCAUGUGCAAUGUUGUGGCUUUAACAUUUUAUGCAACUAUUUAUGAAAAACUAUGUUGUAACUGUAAUAAAUAUAUAGAAAAAGCACACUCAGCUUUAUAAUUUUAUCAUGGGAAGUUCUUAAAUUGGAGGGAGGAAAGAAUGGGACAGAACUUUGAACUCCAGUUUGCUAUAGGUUUGGGAUUAUUUUGUAUUAGCUCAUUAGAGUUUAGGAUCAAAAAUCUAAACAGACUGUUAUGACAAAAUGCCGAAAACUAUCCAUUGCCUCUGUAAUGUGAAUAGCAGAUUCUUAUUAUGUAUUAGCAUGGUGUUCAAUGUUUAUUUAAAUUAGCAAUAAUAUUUUGAUUGGCCCAGCUUCAAAAUCGCCCACAUUUAACAUCAUGUGUAUGAGAUAAGCUAAAAAUCAUUUAUUUCUGACUAGACACCAUCUUCUAUGUGAGAACCUUACAUUAACUUUUUAGUAAGUGCUUGUGAUUUGUGAUAAGUCUUGUUCAAUAUUUUAUUUCCCAAACUGCAAACUGGGUGAGAAACAGGGACAUUUUUUUAUGUUAUAAGUGUUAUGUUAUAUUCAUAUUAUUUGAAAUGCCAAAGUAUUAUUUUCUUCUUCUUUACUCUUCUUCUUUACUCUUGUCAAAAAUAUAAUAUCCAUUUCCAUAAUUCUCCAAUUAUGUUUACUUAAGCAAAAAAACAAAAACAAAUAUACACAUACAGAUUAUAACAGAAUCAUUUUUCAGUUGGUUAAAAAGUAUAUAGGUACAGAGAAGAGCCAGCUAUUUUCCUUGACUUUUUCUUUUUUUUUUAACUCCAUAAAGGAUAGAUGAGCAAAACUUACAUAGUUAGACAUUUAAUCAUUUAAUCUCUUUAAAGGUGCUGUUAAGUCUAUUAUGUUACCUUAACACAAUAUAUGGCUAUUUAUUGCAGUAUAAACAUUUACUUAAAGGGAUACAAAACCCCAAAAUGUUCUUUUGUGAUUCAGAGUAUACCAUUUAAAAAAGUUUACAAUCUACUUCUUCUAUCAUAUUUGCUUUGUUCCCAUGAUAUUCUGGGUUGGAGAGAUAGCUAGCUAGCUAUCUAGAGCACUAUAUGGCAGGAAAUAGAAAAUCAAUAACAUUCUUGCAAAACUGCGGCCAAAUAGUGCUCCAGAAAUGGGCCAGCUCCGAAGCAUACAUCCUUGCUUUUCGACAAAAUAUACCAAGGAAACGAAGAAAAGUUGAUAAUAGACGUAAAUUAGAAAGUUGUUUAAAAUUGCAUGCUCUGACAUAUACAAUUUUUGGGUUUCGUAUCCCUUUAAAGUGAAAUUAAAAAGGUGCACUUACUGUUCAUGAUGGUAAAAAUGUGCGUUAAAGGGACAGUCUACACCAGAAUUUGUAUUGUUUUAAAAGAUAGAUAAUCCCUUUAUUAACCAUUCCCCAGUCUUGAAUAACCAACACUGUUAUAUUAAUACACUUUUUACCUCUGUUACUACAUUGUGCCUAAGCAUCUUCUGACAGCCCCCUGAUCACAUGACUUUGUAUUUAUUAUCUAUUGACUUGCAUUUUAGCCAAUUAGUGCUGUGUUGUGCUAACUUUUAAAUAACUCCCCAGGCGUAAGCACAAUGUUAUCUAUACGGCCCACACGAACUUGCAGUCUCCUGCUGUAAAAGGCAAAUAAAAAAGCAUGUGAUAAGUAGCUGUCUUAUGACAGCUUAUGAUGGCUUAAAAACAGGCAGAAAUUUAGAGGUUUAAAUGUUAUAAAGUAUAUUAAUAUAACCAUGUUUUUUGUGCAAAGCUGGGGAAUUGGUAGUAAAGACUUUAUCUUUUUGACGAUAACAAUUUUGGUGUAGACUGUCCCUCUAAAUGCAUACAGAAGCAAAUUGUAAACAGUUCUUUGAAUAUGGAAGUAUCCCUCUACACUGAAUUAAUUUUUCAUAUGAAAUUAAAAUCCUUUUAUAGGCUAUAUGUUAAAGAACUCAUUACUAGGGAACAUUUUUGUCAGUCAGUUUGAUUGGAUAGACUUAAGAUUUUAAAAGCAUCACAACUGGCUAUAUAUUGUACAUAUUCUUUGCUUAUUAUAUAAGCCAAUUUGCUAAUUGUGUUAAAAAAUGCAUUUAAAAGUUUGAGCAAAGAAAUGUUAUUUUAUUUAUUUAGUUAUUGAUUUUAUUUAACUAAAGCUAACCUCUGUGUAGCACUGUUAAUAUGCUUUAUUGUACUAAUAUAGGUGCAGGUUAGAGCACCAAACUACACAGAAGCACUGAGGUAGAUUAUGUUCUUUUACCACAGAAACAAACCUUAACACAGUACAACAUGUAUUGGUUUGCCAAAAUUCCUGCGUACAGAACAAGUAUUCUGUGUAAAUUUGAAUUUUAAGAAAAAUUACCAGUGUAAUGUAUAGCCAGUUAUAAUGCAAUUUAAAACAAAACUAAUUGAAAAAACAACUCUUUACGUAGACGUCUGUUAUAGUCUUUUGGGGGCUGCAAUUUGCGACCCGAUUUUAUUGUAAACGAGGCAUCUUCGGAAUACGUUGCAAUGAGUGCUAGAAUUUUAAGAUUUAAAUGCCUAAAUUAGGUGCAAUUUCAACUUUUUUUUUUAAAGAUUUGUAGCAAUAUUUUGUAUUAUAAGAGACUUGCCCUUGGAGACUUUUCUUGCUCACUGACCUGCAAUAGUAUAAGAGGGUAAACUGUGGCUGACAUUAAAGUGCAGGGUCUACACUUAGCACACAACAAUUUUUUGUUUGUUUAUGAUUAUAGAAUAGAGGACAGUGAAAGUGGAAUUAGUGACUUAAAUCUUUAAAAAUAUAUAUUUUUGGGUGUCCGUCUGGGCUUCAGGUAGUGGUAUUUCUUAAUAUAAAUAGUAUAAAUAAUUUGGUAAUUAGCAUGCAGGACUGCACCUUAUUUAAAGGGAUACUAAAUCCAAAUUUUUAUCUUUCAUGAUUUAGAAAGUGCAUGCAAUUUUAAACAACUUUCCAAUUGACUUCUAUUAUCUAAUUUGCUUAAUUCUCUUCAGUAGCUGAUGUCUGGUGCCUUGUGUGAUUAGCUUGUGUGCAUUGCUAUUUUUUCAACAAAGGAUAUCUAAAUAAUGAAGCAAAUUAGAUAAUAGAAGUAAAUUGGAAUGUUGUUUAAAAUUGUAUUAUCUAUCUGAAUCAUAAAAGAAAAAAAAAAUUGGGUUUCAUGUCCCUUUUAAGUGGCCAAUGUGGAACAAAUUGGUGGGUGAUCUUUAAAAGCCGUGAAAGUGAAUGAACCUUUUUAAGAAACAUUUUUGAUGAUACAAUUUACCUCAGAAAGCAGAGGGGGUAAUAAUUAGGGUGACCAUAUUGCCGCUUUAAAAAGGUACACAUAUGAAAAAUACAUAUGUCAGGGCUGUUUAAAUAAAUGUUUUGUAUGUAUUUUUCAUAUGCGUCCCUUUGUAAAGCGGCAAUAUGGUCACUCCUAGUAACAAUAGUACUGAAUCAUAGAGUGGUUACAAAGUAAGCCUUAUUCUGUAACUGACCGUUCAACUAGAUAUAGAUUUGCAUAAUCCAACUGUUAUUCUAUUUAUUGUUUUUAUUUUGUAAAAUUGUACAGAAACAUUUUAAAAGUAAAACUGGAUGUGUAAUCAUACCAAACCUCAUUACAUUGUUUGUGUUGUUGUUGUUAUAUUAUUAUUAUUUGUGUUUUAUUUUCAUUUUAUUUUUUACUUAUUUUGCAUGUAUAUUUCUUUGUACAGAGCGCUUAUGUUCACUCAGUAUGUGAUGUAAAUAUUUUAUUUUGCCAUCAAUUAUUUUGCAAAUUAAACAUAUUUGACAUGA